CUCUGGCUCCAGGCUCCUGGCGAGAUCCCCGAGCCCCGGCGGCUGGUACUGGGAGCCCGGAGCCCGGGCUGCAGCCGGGAGAGGGGAAUCUCCAGCAGGGCCCUUCCCGCUGCUCCCCAGGAGCCUCUCCCAGGGCAGAGCCCCCAGCCCGGCCAGGCCCCUUCCCGGCCCGGCCCCUGCCCCAGGGGGCCCCGCUCGGAGGGAAGCCCUGGAGUUGAGCUCCCUGGGUCAGAAGCUGCUGCCUCCUCCAUUUUGAGCUGGAAGCUGGGAGAGACCUUCAUUAAAGCCCCCACUGUGCCCAGCCUGGGUGAGGACUUCCUGCAGUGUCUGGAAACAGCUCCUAGGGCAGCCUCGGGUUCUACUGACACCCGCCUCUGAGAGUCCAGAGUGUCUGUCUGCAGGGAGAGAGCCAGGGGGGUCAUUGGGAUGUGAAAUGGACUCAAGCCCCUUCUGAAACCCCCGCCUUCCCGAAUUGCCCAUCUCGUCCUGACAGGCUGAGGAAUCACUUCCACAUUUCUCUCCAGAUGGUCCCGACUUCCAGGAGACAGGGAAGGGAAAUGGCUGUGAUGGAGCCAGCUCAGAUGCCUGUGACCUUCGAGGAGGUGGCUGUGUAUUUCACCAAGGGGCAGGGGGCUUUGCUGGACCCCACUCAGAGAGCCCUCUACAGGGACGUCAUGCAGGAGAACUAUGAGACGGUGACCUCGCUGGGAUUUCCCAUUCCCAAACCGGACCUGAUCGCCCGGCUGGAGCGAGGGGAAGAGCCGUGGGUCCCGGAUCUCCAGGCCGCUAAGGAAAGAGAGAGCCCAAGCGGCACCAGCACAGGCACUGUCUGGAUUCCCUCUCUCCCAGCAGGUGAUAGGACAGUGAGUUUGAACAAGGAGGAAAAUCAGCAGCAUGAAGGUCCUUGGAAAGUGGAACUGCAGGGGACGUUUUUGAGAAGAGCUGAAGGGAAUUUUCACCAGUGCUUGGAACAGGGAAAAGCCUGGGGAGAUCAACACAGAUCAGAGAUUCAAGUGGGAAACUGUCCCAGAAAGAAAUUAAAUAAAUCCAUCAAACGCGGUGGAGGAUGCAAGGAUCCCAAGGAAACCACAGUCCAGCAGACAAGUCACAAUGAAGAGAAACCCUACAAAUGCCUUGACUGUGGGAAAAGAUUCCAUUUCAGUGCAAACCUUAUUAGCCAUUGGAGAACCCACACAGGAGAGAAGCCCUAUAAAUGCCUGUAUGGUGGUCAAAGUUUCAGUUUGAAAUCAACCCUUCAUACACAUCAGAAAACCCACACAGGAGAGAAACCCCAUAAAUGCCUGGACUGUGGGAAAACUUUCGGUCAGCGCUCAUACCUUAUUAAACAUGGGAGAAUCCACACGGGAGAGAGACCCUAUAAAUGCCUGGACUGUGGGAAAACUUUCAGUCAGCGCUCAGACCUUACUCAACAUGGGAGAAUCCACACAGGAGAGAAACCCCAUAAAUGCCUGGACUGUGGCAAAACUUUCCGUCAGCACUCACACCUUACUAAACAUGAGAGAAUCCACACGGGAGAGAGACCCCAUAAAUGCCUGGACUGUGGGAAAACUUUCCGUCAGCGCUCAGGCCUUAUUAAACAUGGGAGAAUCCACACAGGAGAGAAACCCCAUAAAUGCCUGGACUGUGGGAAAACUUUCCGUCAGCACUCACACCUUACUAAACAUGGGAGAAUCCACACAGGAGAGAAACCCCAUAAAUGCCUGGACUGUGGGAAAACUUUCCGUCAGCGCUCAGGCCUUAUUAAACAUGGGAGAAUCCACACGGGAGAGAAACCCCACAAAUGCCUGGACUGUGGGAAAACUUUCCGUCAGCACUCAGGCCUUAUUAAACAUGGGAUAAUCCACACGGGAGAGAGACCGUAUAAAUGCCUCGAGUGUGGGAAAAGUUUCAGUUUGAAAUUAACCCUUAAUACACAUCAGAAAACCCACACAGGAGAAAGACCCCAUAAAUGCUUGGACUGUGGGAAAAGCUUCAGACAGCACUCACAUCUUACUACUCAUAGGAAAAUCCAUACGGGAGAGAAACCCUACAAAUGCCUCGAGUGUGGGAAAGGUUUUAUCACAAAUUCAUCACUUACUGCACAUCAGAGAAUCCACACAGGAGAGAGACCUUAUAAAUGUCUCGAGUGUGGGAAAGGUUUUAUCAGAAGUUCAGCGCUUACUAACCAUAGGAGAAUCCACACAGGAGAAAGACCCUAUAAAUGCCUUGAGUGUGGGAAAAGUUUCAGUUUGAAAUCAAUCCUUAAUACACAUCAGAAAACCCACACAGGAGAGAAACCCCAUAAAUGCCUGGACUGCGGGAAAACUUUCAGUCAGCGCUCAUACCUUACCCUACAUGGGCGAAACCACACAGGAGAGAAACCCCAUAAAUGCCUGGACUGCGGGAAAACUUUCAGUCAGCGCUCAUACCUUACUAAACAUGGGAGAAUCCACACAGGAGAUAGACUAUAUAAAUGCCUUGAGUGUGGGAAAAGCUUCAGUAAGAGCUCAGCGAUUACCAAACAUCAGAGAAUCCACAAUGAUGUAAGAGACCCUGGAAACAGCUUGACUGCCGGAAAAGAUUUAAUUUGACUUCCCACAUCAGUGACGCACACAACAGAGAGACCGUCAAUGUGGGGGAAGGUUUAUGUGCUGCUCCCGGAGUAUCGGGCAUCAGCAGAUCCACACAGGGAAGAAACUUCUGAGAUGUUCUCAGUGUGGAAAAUGCUCCAAGUGCAGGUAACCCCACAUUGGACAUCAGAGACUCCUCCGCACAGCAGGGAAAUUCUCUCAGGGCCCUGACUAGAGCUGGCCACGGUGACAAAUCCAUUUCCUCAUUCCCACACACAUCAGGGGCGUUUGGCUCCCAAGGAUCCAUCUGCCCAUCGCUGGGGUGAGGAUUCAGCAGCAGCCAAGCAUCAGCUGGUCAGUGACCCACUGGCUCUGCCUGGUCUAAGCAAACCCCAGGCAGAGGAGGAGAAGCCCCGAUCAGCCCCUCCUCCCUGCUGCAGCCCUGCAGAGGUGAGAAGGAGGCCAAGGCUGUCAGGGGACUUGGGCAGCUUUCAAGCCAGGCAGACCCCCAUCAUGGAGGCCAGAGGGAGAUGAGGAGACUGACAGCCCAGCUGGUCACCCCCUCCCCAUCUACAAAUGUGUCCUGUGUAUAGACAAUACAAUACUCAUUGUCUCUGCCACACUCACCCCACACUCAUCCCUCUAACCUGAGCUCUUUGGCUUCCCUGCUCUCGGAGUGUUUCGUUUUGUGAUGGGGUUCCAGUGCCUCUCAUGGCUUCUCUGCACUUUUCUCCCAAUGUGUAGAUGUUGCUCUGUUGUGGGGUGUGGGAAAUGGGGGAGCUGGGGGCAGCAGUGGGCUGGGUUGGACUGAAUUGGGCUGGGCUGGGGAUGGAGAAAGGAGUCUGCUACUUGCUUGUCCAUUUAAAUAAUAAAGUACAAUUUAGUUUCUCCCACUCCCAGUCUCCUUUGAUUUGCAUUAAAUGGCUGCCCCCCGAAGAGGUAAGGUGAAAGAUAAAGGCAAUGCAGACUUGUUCUGGGAUGGGAAUGCACAGUGAGGUCACCCCAUCUCGGUCACAGGCGCCUCAAACUUCCCUUAGAGAUAAAGCUCUCUGAAACCUCGUGCCCCUCUCCCUGACCCCAGUACAAACCAGGAACAGUCUGAUUGGGCUCCCGGGCUCAUCCUCCUCUUCCUCAUCCCAGUGCUAGUCAGGAGUAAUCCCACUGGGGCCAUGUGACCUGUCUACACCAGUGUGAAGUUGUUGUGAGAGGAGAAAUAGACCAUUGGCCUCUAGGUCUGUUUGCAAUCUAUGUGGCGGGCCUCCCAAAGGAGGCUCAGGAAUGUGUCAAGGGAGGCGUGACCUGUGGUGUUUUUUUUUUGUUUUUUUUUUUUUUAGAGCACUGGCUGCCUUCUGAGCUGAUAAGUUUGUCUAAUCAGCAGUUUGGGAAGGCAAGGUUAGUGGAACAUGAAUAUCCCUAUACCUUACUGUGAUGGGUUGGAUCACAGAAACCCCCUUGGGAGCUGCCACCCGAUGUGCAAAGACUACCCCUGCUCCUGUUUUCCCUGCCAGCUCACAGAAAUGUGCUUGUCUUUAGCAUUCAGAUACCCAACUCCCAAUGGGGUCUAAACCCAAAUGAAUCUGUUUUACCAUGUAUAAAGCUUAUGCAGGGCAAACUCAUAAAUUGUUUGCCCUCUAUAACACUGAUAGAGAGAUCUGCACAGCUGUUUGCUCCCCCAGGUAUUAACACAUACUCUGAGUAAAUUAAUAAGUGAAAAGUGAUUUUAUUAAAUACAGAAAGUAGAAUUUAAGUGGUUCCAAGUAGUAACAGACAGAACAAAGUAAGUCACCAAGCAAAAUAAAAUAAAAUGCACAAAUCUAUGUCUAAUCAAACUAAAUACAGACAAGAUCUUCACCAGUUCCAGAAUGCUCCCUUUUACAGGCUAAUCUCCUUUCAUUCAAGUAUCCUGGGGGGGUGGAGAGGCUCCUUCUUUAGCGAGCUGAAGACAAAAUGGAGGGGUCCCCCACGGGUUUAAAUAGACUUUCUCUUGUGGAUGGAGACCCCCCCUCCUUACUCCUAUGCAAAGUCCAGCUCAAGAUGGAGUUCUGGAGUCACCAGGGCAAGUCACAUGUCCCUGCAUGACUCAGUCUUUACAGGCCGAAGCCAUUGUCCAUAUGGCAUCUUGUAUGUCUCCAGGAGGACUUCUUAUGUGGAUUGGAGCAUUCCAAGAUGCAUUGUUCCCCAAGUGCUUCCUGAUUAGGUACUUAACCUUGUGAAUUCCUUCCUAAAGAAACUGACCAAAUGCCUCACAAAGCGUACUUAGAAACCAAGCAAGUAUACAGCAAUAUUCUUAACCUCAAAUAGAAAAUGAUAUAUGUGUACAAAUAGGAUGAAUAGAUUUAGUAGACCAUAACCUUUACGGAGAUAUGUUACAUGGCACAGGCUGCACAAAACAUAUUCCAGUUAUGUCAUACAUACAUUUAUAAGCACCCCCCCCCCCAUAAAGCUUAUGGGCUACACUGUCACACUUACCUAUUACCAGUGUGGAGAAUUGUGACAGUGAAGGAAAUGUUCCUGUGUCUGUUAGGGGUAAUGACUUGCCCAUAAAGGGAGCUACCCCAAUCUCCAAGCAGUUGUCUGUGAAUAGCCAUGUGCGCUGGGACAAAGGAAAGUAUAUCCCAAGCUGUUUGUCUGUUAAAGGGGAAUGUUUCUCCAGCUCUUUUCUGUCUGUAGAGCAGACAGAAGAAGCCUGUCAGCCUAUGAUGGUUGAAAAUGUAUCAGUUAACACAAAGUUGGUUCUGGAUACAACUAAAGCCCAGGAAGGAAGGGGUCCUAAAUUUGUGUCUGCCAGGGAUGAUGACAUUACAACUAGGUUGCGUCCAGUUGAUGUCAAAUAGCUCCCAGAGACCAAGCGAUUCUGAUGCUUCUAUUUUGCUUGUAGCUAGUGUGUUGCUGGGUAAAGAUGUGACAACCUUGUCUGAUCAGGGUGAUAUCAUAGCCAGGGCACAAGGAAAGCAUGAGGGUGAUUUGACUAUGUUACCCACUGACAGUGUGGAAACUUGUAACAAGGAAGAGAAUACUUCUAAUCUUGUGACUAUGAAGUCUAGCUGGUUACCUGAAAGGGGGUUGUGUGGAAAUCCUCCUGAUGGGCCAGAGGUGAUUCUGGAUGUAUGUGAAACUCAGAAGGAGUUUGGUGAUUUGUCAGGGGUUGUGCCAAAGUCGGUUCUGGACAUAAAUAAAGCUCAGAAAGAAUCUCUUGCAGUGCAUGAUAUUGCAGAAGGAAAGGAAUUUCUGGGUGAAGUCUUUAAAGUCUGUGAGAAGGAAUUGUUCCCAUUGACUCUUCAUGGGCCAUUGCUGAUAGUGAACAGUCUCUCUUCUGAGGAAACUGUGUUAGUGCCUAAUGGGCCAGAGUCUUUCAAAUGUGUAUGAUUCCCCUGGCCUUGCUUCAGAAAGAGCCAGUGUGGAUAGCUUUGAAAAGAUUUCAGAUGAAAAAAAAAUUGUUAGGGACUUUAAACAGCCCUAUAAGGUUAGUCAGCUUGUUGGGGAGACAGUGUUGUUGGAACAUUAAUGUUUCCAUGUUGAUUUUUUAAGUAAGCAGUCUGUGACUCAGGUACGAGGAAAGAUCGGGUUCCUGGUUUUUCAGAGCUGAACAGCCUUAUAACUGAAUCCACAAGGAUGCAGGGGAGAACAGGCAAACUCUCAUCUCUAGACAAUUUGAAUAUGACUUUUAGUCUCUUAGUGAACUUGACAUCUGAUUCCAUGUAGAAGCAGAGGUUGGUAAUGGAAGGACAAAAGAACCUUGAGUCUAACUGUGACGUUAUGAGUGUGAUAUAAUAUCUCAUUGAAAGAUGACAGGGCCAGAAAGAGUUAAUUAACUCACUGACUGACCUGGUCCAUGGAUGAACUUUAAAGACUGGUUAGGAAGAUAUGUAAAUGAAUAGAGCUUUGAAAUGUAAGUCUGCAUUGUUAGAGAUCUCAAGGGUAGAUGUUUGCUCAGGUCUUAUGAUGUAAGCAAACAAGUCUUGUCUAUUGCUAUAACUUUAAUUCAAAGAUCAAAAAAGGUAUAUUAACAUUUAUGAUGAUUAUUAUUGUCUAUAUGUCUCUUUGAAAGUUGUAGUAACCUCUAUGGUAAUAUAGAAGUUGUUUUGUGCUGGCUUGGUAAAUCUAAGUAUUAGAAUGACCACCAGCUUCUGGGGUUUGUCUGCCCCGUUUUGUUUGCAGUUCACCCUAAUUGAGUGACCUCAGCUGGCUCCCACGGGCAGCACCGUCACACUAACCUACUAGUGAACAUGGCUGGUAUCUCUUAAAGACAGAGUCCAGCCUUGGAAUUGGUAAUGCUUGAGGAUCUGAAAACAAGUAAAAAAGCCAGUGUCUAUGUUGAUGCAAAUUACCUGUCUGACUGGGGGGAGAAAGACUUGCCCAUAGCCAUAAGCAAAGAGGAUUCACCCAGUCAGCCAGUGGAUUCUAUUACACAAAAGAGUUCAGAUUUUGAUCCUCGGGAACAGGGAGAAAGGGAAAAAGUUUAUCAUGCUAAUGAAAGCCACAGGUUAACCCUAAAAUGCCAGAACCCCGUGGUAUUGAGCCAAAGGCAUAACAAAAAUGAUUGUGAAUGUACACUUGUAAUAAAUUUGAUGUUAAUGCUAACAAUGUGCAGGGUUUUUUGGAAAAGCCCUUGAACAUGUUGGGAGCGAUACAUAAGGACUCAUUAUGUUGUAAAAUCCUUCAUGGUUAUACUGUUUCAUUACAUGACAACACACACUAUGUUAAAAGGCCUGGUGAUACUGAUAUUUCACAGUUAGUGCCUGUAUCUAAUCUUGAAACAGUACACAGCAGAAAAACCACUACUAGCUUGAACUGCUGUGCAAAGGGGGAAAAUGAGAUACAACACCUCACGGCCUUCAUGGCUGAAGGCCAGAGUAGGUGCUCUCUGAAGAAUAUCAAUGGCUAUGUUAAGUCAACACAUAGACCAAACCCUGGAACCACUAAAGUGUUUCACAAAGUAGGGACUAAGUUCCUGGCUGGGGCCAAAGUAUGCCUCAAUAACUUGGCCUUACAAAGAAUUCAAUCUAAACAUCGCUCAGAUCAAUGUUGGAAGGUCCUUAAGGUGUAUCCAGGAGCUCUAAUUUCGCCCUUCUAUACCAGUCUCACCUUAGGGGUGUGAUGCAUGGCUAGAAAGGGUUAAACCUCCUGCAAACUAAAUAACCCUCAAAAGACAUAUGGGGAGAUAAUCUUUGUGUUUUUGUGUAUUUACAUAUGUACAAGUAGGGUCCACAAUGUAAUCAACAGUCCCUGUCUAUGCUGGAUUCUGAUAGGAUGUUCUUUUGAUCUCUGACCUAUCAUGUAAAUGAAUUGUAAACAUGGAAUAUCUCUGUAUUCAUCUCUCUUUGCAAUGUAUAGCAAAUAAUCUGUGAAUGGUGGAGGAACAAGCAAAUGGCCUUAUGUUAAUUCUAUAGCUAAGUACCGGUGAUGGACCUCCUUCAAAGUCUGCUAAUUACCUUCUGUUCCGGGAGGAACUCCAACUUGUCAAGAAGACAUGACAUUGAAGAAAAGAUCCUUGGUCCUGAUUCUGUCAUCUCAGAUCUGCUUAGGCUUCAUCAGGGGACGUUUGAGUCGCAAGACUGAGGUCCCAGUUAUGCUGGUACGCCCUGAAUAUGAGAUUAGGACAUUGGACUAUAACCUAUGAACUAUUUCUGAAAUAACUUUUUGCAAAUACAAAGCUCAACAUCUUUGCUAUGAAUCUGCCCCUCAAUACAUUGAACUCACGUCUGUAUGUAUAUUAAUCUUUUAACCAUACUCUUUUGUUUUUUAAUAAAUUUUAGUUUAGUUAAUAAGAA